GUAGAAACUGAAUCCUCUCUCUUUGUUCUUUUCUGGUUGGUUGUAAAAAAGGAAGAAGAUGAAGGUGAAGGUGAAGGUAAGGCAUAUAGUGUUGAGUUUGCUGGCGGUUUCCGUCAUUGCUCCCAUCUUUCUUUACACCGACACGGUCGGCGCCUUCUUCGAUCCCUAUUCUUCAAGGCUUGAUUCUCUUGAUGAUGUUGCAGCAAUUACUCUUUCCGGGGAUACCAGGCAUCUCCAUGUUGUUCCCCUGGAAACUUCAACCGCCCUCAAAGAGCCCUUUGGAAUACUAGAUUCUGAUCACUCAAUAAAUUCCUUUCCCAACGAGACGGCGGAGCAUAAAUUUACACGAGUGCUUUCUGCUGCGAUUGAAGAACAUCAACCCCGAUUUAGCAACCCCAUUACACAGGCCAAUGAAUCUCAACUCUUGGCUAUAAGCCUUGAGGAACCACACACUCAGACCUCCAGCAAGAUGAAUCAGGAGGAGCAUUUGGCUAGUGAAUCUGACAUAAUGACUGAAGCAGCAGAUGCUCAGGUACGUCACCUCAAAGACCUGCUCAUCCGUGCAAAAGUGUACAUCUCCCUUCCAGCCAUCAAAAGCAACCCACGUGCUACAAGGGAGCUUCGAGGGCGGAUUAAGGAAGUUUCACGUGCACUUGGUGAUGCAGCCAAGGAUAGUGAUCUGCCAAGAAACGCCUUCGAUAAGUUGAAAGCAAUGGAGCAAUCGCUAGAAAAAUGUAAGCACAUUCAAGAUAAAUGUGAUGCUCUAGUAAAAAGACUUCGGGCUAUGCUACACUCAACUGAAGAGCUACUCCGAGUGCACAGAAAAAAGACCACGUUCUUGGCACAAUUAACUGCAAAAACCCUUACCAAGGGUCUUCAUUGCCUGCCUUUGCGGCUAACUACCGAGUAUUAUACCUUGAAUUCUUCACAACAGAACUUUCUAGAUGAAGAGAAAUUAGAAGACCCUCGACUGUACCAUUACGCACUAUUCUCUGAUAACAUAUUAGCAGCUGCUGUUGUGGUAAACUCAACUCUUUCCCAUGCUAAGCACCCUUCAAAACAUGUUUUCCACAUUGUUACGGAUAGGCUUAAUUAUGCAGCAAUGAGGAUGUGGUUUCUACGUAAUUUACCAGGGAAAGCCGCUAUACAGGUUCAGAACAUUGAAGAAUUUUCAUGGUUAAACUCGAGCUACAGUCCAGUCCUUAAGCAGUUAGGUUCUGCUUCAGUCUCUGAUUAUUACUUCAGGGCACACCGGGUUAAUUCUGAUUCAAAUCUGAAGUUCCGAAACCCAAAAUACUUGUCCAUCCUCAACCAUCUUCGGUUUUAUCUACCAGAGAUAUUCCCAAAACUCAAUAAAGUGUUGUUUCUAGACGAUGAUGUAGUAGUGCAGAAGGACCUUAGUGAUCUUUGGUCCCUCAAUUUGAAGGGCAAUGUUAAUGGUGCUGUUGAUACUUGUGGAGAAAGCUUCCAUCGAUUUGAUCGGUAUCUCAACUUCUCAAAUCCUCUAAUCUCAAAGAACUUUGACCGACAUGCUUGUGGAUGGGCAUAUGGAAUGAAUAUUUUUGAUUUAGCGGAGUGGAGGCGGCAGAACAUCACAGACCUAUAUCAUAGGUGGCAGAAGCUGAAUCGUGACAGGCAAUUGUGGAAGUUGGGGACCCUGCCUCCUGGUCUCGUAACAUUUUGGAAACGCACUUAUACCCUCGAUAGAUCUUGGCACGUUCUUGGGCUUGGUUACAAUCCUAAUGUCAACCAGAGGGAGAUCGAGCAAGCUGCUGUUAUACACUACAAUGGCAACUUGAAACCAUGGUUGGACAUAGGCAUGCCCAAGUAUAAAAACUAUUGGGCUAAGUAUGUAGAUUAUGAUCAUAUCUAUUUGCGAGAUUGCAACAUCAACCCGUAGAAAGCUUUCCUUGGACAUCAUUAUUUUGAAGUUUAGUGGUGACCAGUGUUAGCUAUACAUCACUUUCUAGGUUUUUCGAAUUCAUUCUUUCUUGUAAACACAGUCAAUUGUGGUUUUGUUUUGUUUUCUUUUUGGUUUCUUGUCGUAUUGAUCGUUAAUCGAGCGACUGUAUUUAUGUGGGCGUUGUGAUAUUAGAAUAUGUAAUCUCUCUUGCAGUUGCUAGCAGCACUGUAUGAUUAUAAUUAGCUACGUAUGAAUAUGCUCUGUGGCUAUCACUUUU